AGGCCUGGGGUGGGUGGGGAUCCAGCUGGGGUGAGUGGUGAGGCUGCCAGGGGAGGGGAGCACCAACCAACCUCAGCCAGUGCGCUUUUGGGCCUGGGUGGAGUUGGCGAGUUGGACUUUGGGGGGCUGUAUUGGCCCAACAAGGCGAGUCUGGCUCUCCUCCCCCAACCUUCCUCUGCCACCCCCACCAAGGUGUUCUUCGACCUGCGGAUCGGUGAGGAGGAUGUGGGCCGUGUCGUCAUUGGAUUGUUUGGCAAGACAGUGCCCAAGACGGUGGAGAACUUCAUGGCCUUGGCCACUGGAGAGAAAGGAUUUGGCUUCAAGGGCAGCAAGUUCCACCGUGUGAUCAAGGAUUUCAUGAUCCAGGGAGGAGACUUCACCCGCGGCGAUGGCACUGGAGGAAAAAGCAUCUACGGGGACCGUUUCCCUGACGAGAACUUCAAACUGAAGCAUUACGGGCCAGGCUGGGUGAGCAUGGCCAACGCUGGCAAGGACACCAACGGCUCCCAGUUCUUCAUCACCACCGUGAAGACGCCGUGGCUGGACGGGAAGCACGUGGUAUUCGGCAAAGUGCUGGAGGGCAUGGAUGUGGUGCGGAAGGUGGAGAGCACAAAGACUGACAGCCGGGACAAGCCCCUCAAGGACGUCACCAUCGUCGACUGUGGCACCAUCGAGGUGGAGAAGCCGUUUGCCAUCGCCAAAGAGUGAUGGGACCAGGCCCUGCCAGGCUGUGAGGGGCUGUGGGACCGAGGCUGCCACGCUUCCCCUGCCCUGGGGCCACUGGGUCCUGCUGUGUCCCAGUGCCCGGCCCCUCUCCCUGCUGCCUCCCAGCCAGUGGGACGGGCCACAGGCUGCUCUUCCAUCACUUUUGUAAGAAGCACAUGCACCAAUAAAUGUGACCAAUGUGUUUUUUAAAGA